UAUUGUUAAAUAUUACUUCACUAUUGUCGUAGGAGGCCUAGUUCCACAAAUUAUCCUUUACACAACAGUCUCUAGACCAAUCCGUGAUGACUACAACCACCACCGACAGUUCGUUCCUGGCCGGUGACUCGGAGCGCACGCUGGCCAUCAUCAAGCCAGAGGCCUACGAGGAUGCGGAGGCCAUCGAGAACACCUUGAAGAAAAACGCAUUUACCAUUUUAGCUAAGCGCACAGUAAAGUUGACUCCCGAGCACGCGGCGGACUUCUACUCUUGUCACUACGGCAAGCAGCACUUCCCUCACCUAGUUGCGCACAUGUCCAGUGGACCCAUAGUGGCGCUAGUGCUCGCUGCCCCGGACGCCGUGGAGAAGCUGAAGGAACUCAUGGGACCCGCUAGGGUAGAAGAAGCGCUAGCGUACUGGCCGGACAGCCUGCGCGCGAGCUACGGCCGCCGCUCGCCGUACGGGGACUACUUCAACGGCAUCCACGGCAGCGCCUCACACCCGGAGGCUGUCAGGGAGAUACACUUCUUCUUCCCUAAUAUGAUAGUCGGCCCGAUCCUCAGCCAAUGGCAGAUCAAAGAUUACAUCCAGAAGCACAUCACGCCGACUCUCCUGCCGGCGCUGGCUCAGCUAGCCAAUGAGCGUCCAGACGAGCCCGUGCUGUGGUUGGCCGAGCAACUCCGGCGGGCCAAUCCCAACGAACCAGAGAUCACUAUGAAGGGAGCGGCCGAUGACCCGCGCUGCCAUAGCUCUCAUGGAUCGGAAGAGUCCAUUAAAUAAUGUGUUACUGUAGCAUUUGACAAAGUUUCGUGCUAUA